AUGCAGAUACAGCAACUGCAUCAACAGCAUGCUCUUGUAGUGCCGUCACCAGCUUUGGAAUACUACGACGAUGAGUUUGGCCAAGAUAUGUACAUGGGGCAACUCAAAGCCCAGGAGUUACGGGAACAACCACCACGUCAUAGGACGACUCCUUUGCCUAAGGAACAUGCACGGUCUACCUCCGCCUCUCCCGUACAGAGAUCGGCCUCACCGGCAAUGAGGAAGGCUGCCAAGGAAGCUGCCAAACAGGUUCAAAAGAAGAAGAACGAAAUAGAAAAGAGUGCCAAGAAAGCGGAAGGCGCUAGGCUUGCAAAGAAGAAAGACGACGAAAAGAUUGCCAAGAAAGUGGAAGAGGUUAAGCUUGCAACGCUUGUCUCUGCACUGGUUGGCGGAUACGACCACAUCACGCACAAGCACAAAAUUGUGUGUGGGCAAGAGAAAAGUCCCAAGGAUGGCGAGAUAUACAAUGUGGCUAUAACAAUGACCCUUUGUAAAGACUAA